CUGGAGGUGCGGAGAAGAUUCCAAUUGUCAUGCUUGGUUGACUACAGGAGGUCUUGGGUUUGAAGUAGCCAACCGAAACAAGAACCUCAAAUCAGGGCUUUUCUGAUUGAUCACUUUGUUGGGGUUGCAGACCUCACCAGGAUGGAAACACAAUUUGUAAGAAUCUUACGUGUGGAUCCUCAGGAAGAGUGGGGUUCCAAUCUUCCGUGCGCUCUGGAGGCAGAUCGGACAUGCACGACAAGGAUGCAGGUGUUACAACCAAUCUUGGACCUCCGUGUUUAAAGCGUGGAGUACCAUCUCUCAGAUGGGAUGCCGAACUGCGGGUGUUUCUGUUUCCCAGUCCAAGCGGAGGUAUAGGAUCCAAAAUCAGCCAUUAUUCGAGGGUCAGCAUGCAUUUCAAGCCAUUUCACGGGUGGGCAUGCAUUGCUGUGUUGUUCAGACUUUGCUGGUGGGAUCAGGGCAGUCAAGAUCCGAUAUGGAUAUGAGUAUGUCAGCAAAAGCAGUGGACCUGAGUGUUGCAGUUGAGAUUUUUUUGCGUAAUAGUAAUUGUUGUCAAACAAAUUACCUUGUUCCAACUUCCAUCGCCAAAAGUUUCUGAGCCAGAUAGCGCUAGCCUCAGGGUCGUUUGGAGUCCCAACACCGUCCGUCGUUUGGUCUCAUCAUGUCUUAUCAGACUGCUGUCUUUUUCAACAUCAAAGAAGGCUGCUCCGGUUUUUCGUUUCAGGAGCAGCUCAGGUUGGCCGGUCUUACACAGCCCAUAGCCCUGCAGUCCCUGCAGUUCCAUUCCUGUCACAUCGUCAGACCGUCCACGACCUUCAAUCCUUCACCUCGAGUGCUUGGAUUGCUCCCCCAACUUGCCCAGUGAUGAGCUGCCUGAAGAUCAAAAUAUGUUUGCCUCGGUCUCCAAGAUGAGCUGCCUCUAUGAUGAAGACAUCUUCCUUUGCCCAUCUCGAAGGACCCAAGAGUGACCUGACUGUCUUUGAUUUCCACCUCUCGUUCUCAGUUGACAAAAGCUCUCUAGUUCGGUUUGCCACCUGGCACUCGCAAUUGGCAAUCUCACCUUCAAGUUACCUUCCACUUCAUGAGUUCCAUUAGGGUCUCCAGUCCCCCACGUAUGCGAGACGUUUGCUAUGACCAGCUCCUCGGUUGCUGGGGACGUAUGUUUUUGCUCGUCCGCAAAUGCCAGAGCUCAGAGCUUCAAUAUGCGAGAAUCCAUUUGGAUUGGUCUCGAGGUUGGUUUGGAAACGGCUCCUUUUUCGCGGAAGACUGAAGACUUGGAAGACUUUGAGAUGGAUGUGGAAAAUCAACUUCUGGAAACCUUUAGAUCUUGGACUCCUCUACCCCCUCACAGCCACCGUGCCAGUAAGCCCUGCGUUCUCUUGAAGUGGGUCCCAGGAAAAGUAAGUAAUUACUUCAGAAGGGAUGUUGUUGGAGUAACUUGUGACUACAGAGGGGGCUUUGGUUCUCUCUAGGAUAGAUGCUUUCUGUGUCGAGGAGGGCCGCUUCAGCUUUGCCGUACCAAGGACAACUCCACCUGGAGCUUGAUGUGAGCUCGGCUCUUGUAGCUAUAGGCUGUUUACUGGAGCCUGGCUGACCGGAAAACAACCCCGUAAGCACUUCUUGUUUUUCUUUUUGCACUGCCUGG